ACCGCGUGUUUUGCCCGGUGUCGGGUAGUGCGUAGUUGAAUUUUUCCUGUUUUCGUGAAAAAUUGUAACUACAAACUCACCAAAAUGAGUCUGUACAACUUCAAAAAGAUCAUGGUGGUGCCGCCCGCCAAGGCCUUCAUCGAUAUUAUGCUAUCGAAGACCCAGCGGAAAACGCCAACCGUUGUACACAAGCACUACAAAAUCAGCCGUAUCCGUGCGUUCUACAUGCGCAAGGUGAAGUACACGCAGCAGAACUUCCACGAUCGGCUGACACAGAUCAUCCAGGACUUCCCCAAGCUGGACGAUGUGCAUCCGUUCUAUGCGGAUCUUAUGAACGUGCUGUACGAUAAGGAUCACUACAAGCUUGCCUUGGGUCAGUUAAACACCGCCAGACACCUGAUCGACACUGUCGCCAAGGAUUACGUGCGUCUGCUGAAGUUCGGUGAUUCACUGUACCGUUGUAAGCAGCUGAAAAAGGCCGCACUCGGUCGAAUGGCCACGAUUAUGACGCGACAAGCUUCAAACUUGACGUAUCUGGAGGAGGUCCGUCAACAUUUGUCCCGUUUGCCGUCGAUCGAUCCUUACACACGCACGAUCAUCGUGUGCGGUUUCCCGAAUGUCGGUAAAUCAAGCUUCCUGAACAAGGUGACACGUGCCGACGUCGACGUACAGCCUUACGCGUUCACUACGAAGAGCCUUUACGUCGGGCACAUGGAUCAUAAGUACCUGCGUUGGCAGGUGAUCGAUACGCCCGGGAUCCUGGAUCAUCCGCUCGAGGAACGUAACGUGAUCGAGAUGCAAGCGAUCACGGCAAUGGCGCAUUUGCGUGCCUGCAUUAUGUACGUGAUGGACGUAUCGGAACAGUGUGGUCAUUCGAUCGAGGAACAAGCGCAAUUGUUCGACAGCAUUAAGCCGCUAUUCGCGAACAAACCGCUUGUGCUGGUGCUCAACAAGACGGACGUGUUGAAGUUCAGCGAGUUGCCGGCGGAUAAGCAGCGUGUCAUUGAGAGUUUGUCCGAGGAUCGCGAGGUGAUCCCGAUUUUGGAGAUGUCCACGGCUACGGAGGAGGGUGUGAUGGAGGUAAAACUGGAGGCGUGUGAGCGAUUGCUCGGAUAUCGAGUGGAUCAGAAGCUGAAGACGAAGAAGCUGGAUGGUGUGUUGAAUCGGCUGCACGUGGCGAUGCCGGAAAAGCGCGAUGAAAAGGAUCGUCCUGCGGUUAUACCGCCUGCUGUACUGGCUGCUCGAGCUGCCAAUGCGGAAAAGAUCGCCAAGAGACAGCGUAAGCUCGAGAAGGAGAUCGAGUUGGAGAUGGGUGACGAGUACACGCUGGAUCUGAAGAAGAACUACACGACGAUUGCCGAGGAGGAGCGUUACGACGUGAUUCCGGAGUUCAUGAAUGGCGUCAACAUUGCGGAUUACAUCGACGAGGACAUCUUCGAGAGGCUGGAGGAGUUGGAGCGCGAAGAAGGCUUACGCUUGGAGUCAGGUUUCUACGAGCCACCGCCGCUUAACCUGGACGAGACGCUGUUGGAGAUCCGCGAGAUGGCCAAACAGAUUCGCCUGCGACGAUUCCAGCUGAAGGACUCCCGCAAACUGGCGAUGAAGAGCGGACGACCGAUCAUGCCCCGACACAAGCAGUCGAUGGUGCGUGAACGAAAGGCGGAUAAUCUGCGUAAGACGAUGGAGAACCUCGGACUCGAUAUGUCCGGUACGGAGGACACGAACUUUGCCAAGAACCAGGUCAGCAUUCGGCGCAACGUUUUCCCGGCUGUCGGUGGACCGAAGACGCCCAAAAAGGAUCACGAAUCGAUGGCAAUCUGCCGAGCGACUGGGUUGCCGAUUAAGCGCAAAACACCCCGCAACGAGCUCGGCAUCAAGGACGUUAUGCUUAAGGCGAAGGCGAAGGUCAUGGCGAAACGGGACAUCGCGAAACGGGUCACGAAAAUGUCCCGCAAGGGUGAAGCCGAUCGUCACAUACCGGAUCUUAAACCGAAGCAUUUGUUUGCCGGUAAACGUGGCACCGGAAAAACCGAUCGUCGUUAGUUUGGUCUCUUUGCGCCCUGUGCAGUUUUUAGUUUCUUUCGUUCUCGUGCCCGGAUGUGCGUGGCUUAUUUUCAUGAAAAAAAUAUAUAUACACACUAUUGAGUAACCGUAAAUCUG